AUGCCUGCCGGUAAUUUGGCCAACACCAGGGCUGCGAGGGCUGCACUGGAGGCGUUUGAGGAGCCCACAUUUAAGCAGCACUGCACUGAGGGCCUUACAAAGCAGCUUCAGAGGACCAAGGAUGGGGCUACGGACAAGUCGAGGAUUCAGGAGCUUGCAGAGCUGGUCAAGCAGCUUCGCAAGUGCCUCAAGGAAAUGGGCUCCCGGGCUACGAUAUACAUCGACAAAUGCGCCGCGUUUGAACGGGAGUGCACGCAGGAGGUUGAGAGCAGCCGCCUCUCGUCCCUGAGCACGCUGAAGCAAGCGGAGGCUGAGUUGGCCACUAUGCGUGCAAAGCUGGCGUGCGCUGAGCAGGAUUUCAAGUAG